UAAAAAAAGACUACAACUCGCAUCAUGUGACGUAGGAACCCGGAAAUACAAUGUUUGCUAGGGGACGAGAUGUUUUAACGGGAGCAGGCGACAGUGGAAAUGUAAUAAUGUCAUAAUGAUACUAAAUAAAUGAAAGAACGUACAUUUUUUUUUUGUUAAAGACGUUGUUUUUUAGCCGUAAAGUGACAUUUUUGAAACCGUUAGUUUAACGCUGAACCGGAAAUCACCAGCGUUUGUUAAAUUUCAUGGACAAAGACAAGUGUAGCGACAUUCGCGCUCCGUGCUCCUGGAUGGAGAUGCAUCAGUUCAUUGGUGACCUCAUCGCAUCUGGAAACACCUUGAAGGAUCAGCCAGAGAUGCUGAACACAGCAUGGGGCGUGGCUACUGGAGGUGGAGGUGGUGGUGGUGGUGGUGAUGCUCUGCGGUUCAAAGGUGCGUCGCUUGAACUUCUACAACAACCUCGACCUGUCCCUGAUAAGUCAGAGGCGGAGCCACGCCGGUACAUCCAGCCCGGGGCAUCACAGCGGAAGGGACAGGCCAGAGACAGGAGAGAAGAUGUGCAUAACGCCUGCACCUGCCCUGGCUGCCCUUACUCCUCAUCUCCACCUUCCUUUGAGACUUUGAAACCCAGACAAUCCACACCCCAAAACUCGGAUGCUGGAUGCCAGCCCAAAGACCUGAGCAGCACGGCUCCAAUGAGCCUCAGCAUGUGCUUACCUGACACGACUGAACCAAGCAGCACCUCGCCUGAGCAAGAAACCAGGGUGGCUGGUGGAAUGCAGAGGGAGGAUGCAGACAGAGGGACUCAGAGUCCAGAUCAGACUCCUCUGUCCUCUAACUCCCUGUCCCACCUCUCCAUGUUCCCCUGCUUGUGUUGCCAUCGCAGCUUACAAGCCUGCACCCAGAUACUGAGCCACCAGGAGGACACAGACUCCCCAUUCUCUCACGCUCACGCCCAUCAUCAUUUCCAUCACCACCACUGUCCCAUCACCUCCUGUCUACCCUGCCCUCAGCUGGCCCGCUCUCAUGCUCCGCAGCUCUCUGGACCCUUUCCCUGCUUGUCCUGCCAGCACCCCUUUCCCACCUGUACUCAGGUCUGCCACCACCAGCACAGACAAACAAACACUCAGCAGCAAGAGGAAAGAGGUAGGACGUCGGUGUUGUCGCUGCAUCCCUGUAUGCACUGCUCGGCCUCUUUCUCUAGACCGUCCCAGCUGCUGCAGCAUCAGCGCUCUGAGCAUGCCCACAAACCAUCCGGCUUCCUCUGCACAGAGUGCGGCAGGGCCUUCAACUCGCACAGCAACCUCCGCAUCCACCUCAAUGUGCACACCGGCGCCCGGCCGUACUCCUGCUCCGACUGCGGGAAGAGUUUUAGCCAGUCAGGGGCUCUGAAGAUCCACAGGCGUAUUCACACAGGUGAGAGGCCAUAUUCCUGUGGAUUUUGUGGCAGGGGGUUUCCCCAUUUGGCAGGGGUCCGGGCCCAUCAGAGGACCCACACAGGAGAGAAGCCCUACUCCUGUAGCCAGUGUGGGAAGUGUUUCACCCAGUCAGGUGCUCUGAAGAUCCACAUGCGCAUCCACACAGGAGAGAGGCCCUUCAUCUGCAGCUUCUGUGGGAAAGGCUUUUCCAACCGCUCCGGGAUUCGCUUCCACUACCGCACGGUCCACGGACUGGCCCCUGAACAUGCUGGAGAGGCUGAAGCCGGGGAUGCAUAUCGGGGACCAGCAGGAAGUGCUAAUUCACCUGGGCGUCCCAGGACUUUCCCUCCAACCAGCGUUGGGCUGAAUACAUCCAACAGCACAGACACCAACUCACACACAGCUCCAAACUCCAGAGAGUCGUCUGUGUCGACGGCUGCACGUCCUGGUGAUGUUACCAAAGCUCAGUCAGAGGGAGCAAACGCAGGCAGCAGCAGAGAGGGGCUCCUGUAUGCGUGUGAGGACUGUGGCCUGCGCUUUAAGGACGCCCCGUCCAGGAACAGACACCAGACUCUGAUGCACUACUCCUCUGAGGGGAGGGAGGAGGUGGAGGGGCAGAGGAAAGAGUUAAGCACAAACAAGAGAGGCUGUGAUAACAGUGGAGAGUGAAGAUGUUGUUGGUACACAGUGUUGAAACACAAGUGUUAGAAUGAAGUGUUAUUUUCUGUCUUAAAAUUUUCUCUUUUCACUUUUAAAAGUCUUUGAUAGCGCACUACUUCUUUUAGAGCCACAGACUUCUAUAGAUUUUAAGGAAAAUAUCUUAUAUUUAGACGCCCAAUUGUGCCUGUGAACAGGUUUUUGAAUUAAUGACUUGAUAAAAGUUGUUACUUAAAGGGAAACACCGCCCAAAUUAAGAAUUCCAACAUGUUAUUCAGGAAAAAAUAGGGAGUGCUGCACUGGGUUAAGGCAUUGUGUAGUUAGUUGUAAAAAAAAAUCAGGUGCUCUUCAAGGAGAGUCACAGAGAGCCACUUAAAGAUAAAAAACAAGUGGCCGGUUCAGUUUAUUAAUACAUGGAUAACCAAUGCCUUUCGACUAAAGAAUCUUUGUCAGGGUGUAAAAUGCAUUGGAAACAGAUGUGCAACUUAAGAGUCAUGUGAUACAGGACACAUGAUGUACUGGUAUAGUCCCACUAGGCAAAAAAAAAAAACAUUGACAGAAAUGAAAAUGACAUAAAUGUACACUAUAAAUAAUUAGCACAUUUAGUAAGAAGAAAAAAGGUAUAAUGCCACAUAAAUACAGGAAAUAACAGUACAAUUAAAUAAGAAUUGUUUUAUAAUGUGACAAAAAGACAUCUCUAGAGUUGAGUUUGUUGUCUGUUCACACAUCUUGUUUCUUGUCCUUGUCAUACAUUUCUUAUGUAUUUCAGUUUCUGCUGCCCUAUGUGCAGGUUUAUCACAAUAU